CCUUGGGUCCUUUUUUGAGGUCUGACUUUCUCACAGUUAUGAGGAAUGCCUCAGUGGUGACCAUGUUUAUUCUGCUGGGCAUCCCACACACAGAGGAUCUGGAGACCAUGCUCUUUGUCCUCUUUUUGUCCUUCUACAUCUUUACCCUUAUAGGGAACCUGCUCAUCCUCCUGGCAAUUGUCUCCUCCACUCGGCUUCACACUCCCAUGUACUUCUUCCUGUGUGAACUGUCUACGUGUGACAUAUUUUUUCCUUCUGUGAGUUCCCCCAAGAUGCUCUUCUACCUCUCAGGGAAUAGCCGAGCCAUCUCCUAUGCAGGCUGUGUGUCCCAGCUCUUCUUCUACCAUUUCCUGGGUUGUACAGAGUGUUUCCUAUACACAGUGAUGGCCUAUGACCGCUUUGUUGCCAUCUGUUACCCUCUACGCUAUACAAUAAUCAUGAGUCACAGAGCGUGUGCCCUCCUGGCCAUAGGGACCUCUUUUUUUGGCUGCAUUCAGGCCAUCUUUCUAACUGCUCUCACCUUCCAAUUGCCCUACUGUGGCCCCAAUGAGGUGGACUAUUACUUCUGUGAUAUCCCAGUGAUGCUGAAGUUGGCUUGUGCCGACACCUCUGCCCUGGAGAUGGUGGGGUUCAUUAGUGUGGGUCUCAUGCCCCUCAGCUGCUUCCUUCUCAUCCUCACCUCCUACAGUCGCAUUGCCUACUCCAUCCUGCAGAUCCGCUCUGCAGAGGGCCAGCAACGUGCCUUCUCCACCUGCAGUGCCCACCUCACUGCCAUCCUGCUCUUCUACAUGCCAGUGGUCCUCAUAUACCUAAGGCCAACCCCAAGUCCUUGGAUGGAUGCAACUGUCCAGAUCCUGAAUAACCUGGUUACCCCCAUGCUGAACCCCUUGAUCUACAGCCUCAGGAAUAAGGAGGUGAAGUCAUCUCUGAGAAAGGCCCUACGUCAACUGGGCUUCCAUCCUGAGCAGUUGCAGAGAGAUGAGUAACUAACACUUCAAAUGCACAUCAUAGUUUCUGAAACAUUUUUACAUGGUUCUCACAAAUAGUUUUGAAUUUGAGAGAACAAGUAUUACUAUGAUUAUCUCCAUUUACAAUAUGAGGACUAAGAUUGGAAGAGUUCAAGUGAUGAGUUGAAGGACACAUAAGGAUUGAACGGCAGAUUGAAAACUCUAGGGCUGGCUUCCUGGCUCUGGGACCUGUGCUUGCUCCAGGAUAACAUACUGUUGAUGAGGCACAUAUAGAGAUUCCCCCCAGCAAUCAGAACAGCCUGGACCACCUGCUUCUCAAUAUCCCUUUUCUUCAUCCUCCUGCAUCCCCUCCCUCUCUUCUUUUCCCCUUCACCCUGACACUUCUUCAUUUUGAUACAGUGAUUUUCUCCACAAAUGCCUGCAUUGGAGAAGCCCUCAUUUUGCUGGUCUAGGAGUUGUUUAAAAAAUGGUAGAGCUGCAUUCCCAAGGUUACGAGGAAAACUCUAAAAACAUAAAACAUAGUGCAAAGAGAAGGACUUGGGGCUGGGACCUGAGGCAGUUCUCUCAUGAGUGAAGCAUGAGUGUACUCUAUUACUUAAAAUCCUAUUUGCCGGGCUUAGACCUGGAGGCAGGUCCUGGCUGUCAAAGGGCAGCACGUGGAUGGGAAUGUGGAAAGGGCAGAUGGGGGAGUCCAUAGAGCAGUGACUGUGCUGUGAUGCUGUAUUAAAGAAUAUGGACAUGGCUCUGUAUUCCUCAGAACAAACAGGAGCCAAGCUGUCAUUGUUUUGUAACUUUGACUUCUCUGUUUUACAGGAAGGGUUUGAUUUUGGUCUCCAUUCCCACAUUUUUAAACAUUUUUUUUUUGGCUGAAACAUGCUAUUUCAUUACAGGGAACUAUCUUUUUUUUUUUUUUUUUU